AUGACCGAACAUUCCGAGCUUUCAGAGUUCCUCUCCUCUGACGCCAUUGCCCUUUUUCGCCCAGAUGCUGAAAAAGAUAAAACAUCAGGUCAGGUAAUCAGAUAUGGAAGUGAGAAUUACUUGUCAGGCCUCCCAACUCGUGAUGAAUUUGUUGCGAGAAAUGAUGGGAGCUCGACUUCAACUCUCAAUGACGAAAUAGCGAACCAUCGAGGUAUUCCAUUCAUGCCGGUCGACAUAGAAGAAGCUAAAGAAUAUUUUAAUCAAAUUCCUCAUUAUAUUCUUCGCCUCUAUGGGUAUCUCGUCAAUGGCCAGAAAGCAGUUGUCACCAUUACCGGUAUCAAGAUGGAAUGUAUAAAGGCAUAUCCUAUUCGUGGAUACCAUACAGAAAAAAAGCCAUAUCUUCGCAUUGUCACACCUAAUAAAGAUCUAAGGUUCACCGCUCUCGAUAUUAUCUCAAGUUACAAUUCAAAGGUUGAUCCCGAAUGUAAAAUAGAGACAGCUUCAGACGAUACAGGCACAUAUUAUCGUAAAGUUGCGAGAGAGUAUAGAAUACCUCUUUCCGGGUGGGAAUUAAUAAGUGAUUAUAGAUAUAAUUUCAGUGCACCUUAUUAUGUGAAAUCCCAACAUUGUCCACAUGCAUUUUAUGUCCACAUUGAAAACUUUCGUCCUAUAGACAAUUUUGAACCAUUUUACAAAAUAUACCCAUCUUCUCUCUUUACCCAUGAUCGAGCAUUAGUCCUAACAUGGGAUAUAGAAACAUACGACUUGUGUGGGUCAGGAAACUUCCCAGAAGCUAAAAAUGACACAUCUCAAGUUUUUGCGAUCUGUAUGACCCUGCAUUGGAAAGAUGAUCCAAUCCCCUUAGAGCGGAUAUGUUUAGUUGAUGUAGAAACGGAACCAGACCCGCGCUGGAUUACGAUUAUAUGCGGAAACCAGACUAAUAUAAUAAAGGCGUUCGCUUUAUGUUGGAAAACUUUUGCCCCAGACAUCGAACUUGGAUUUAAUGAUUCAGGAUACGAUUGGCCUUUCAUUGUGGAAAAGGCCACCAAAUUAAAUGUUCUCGAGGACCAGUACGUAAAGAAAGAGGACAGAGGUAUCAAAAAAGCGUUAGGACGAGAAUCUAUCAAUAUCAAAAUCAAUCCCUCUUUGACUUUCGAAUCCUCCUUUCUUAAACUUCCGGGGUGUGUACUGAUCGAUGUUCGCGCAAGUUUUAUGCAACUUCACCCCCGCUCUGAGAAAACAUCACUAAAAUACUUCUUAGAAAAAUAUGGUCUCGAUGGUAAAGCCGAUAUGCCCAUGAGCAAAUUAUGGAAGUAUUAUUCAGAAGCGAAAGACAGGGCUUCAGACUCUUCCAAAAAACAUAUGCAUGAAAUCAUAAAUUAUUGUGUUAUAGAUGCUUUACGUUGUCAGAAGCUCAUAAUCAAAUCUAAUGUUAUAAAUGAUUACAAAGAGAAAGCAUCUGGGAAGUUUCCAGAAGCGUAUGUGUUCCCGCCAGAAAAGGGUCUUGAAAAUAAGCGACCUGUCACUGGUUUAGACUUUAGAUCCUUGUAUCCUAGCAUAAUUAUGACUUACAACCUCUCACCCGAGAAGAUGGUCUCAACACUUUCGGAAGUAGAUAAGUUAAAGAGAGAGAACAAAGUGCUUUACAGUAUCGAGUUCAAGUAUGGCGUGGAAGCAAUCAAAGAUGUUCUAUCCUCUGUAAAAAAUACUGAGAGGCACGCAGAGAUGACCAAGAUCCUAAGUCCCUUUAUUAUUCAGGAGGAGAGCUCUGAUAGAGCUGAUUUAUCAUAUGAUGAUUUUAUGAAAGAAUAUAGUUCUAUUUGUUUUGAAUACAAUUCUUUAAAUUCGAAGCAGAAGGCGAUUAAAUUAUAUAUGAAUUCGUUCUAUGGUGUGACUGCCCAAAGUGAUUCCCUGUUCUAUACACUAGCACUUGCUGGAGGUGUUACUUUAGCUGGGCGAGAGAAUAUCAAACUCGUCGCAGAAUUCGUGAAAAAGAAGGGCUUUGGGAUAAAAUACGGGGAUACUGAUUCCCUAUAUCUCACUUGCCCAGAUUCUUGUUAUGAGAAAUGUGAUCUGGCCUAUAAUGGCGGAAAAGGCACAAUUUCGAAACUAGAGUACUGGACUGAAAUGGUCACAAUUACUAUGGGCGUAAUGGAGAAAUUGCGUAAUGAAGUAAACAGUUUUCUUAGGCUAAAAACCAGAUCGGGUUAUCUCGAAAUGGCUUAUGAAGAAAUGCUAUUCCCAGUAGUCUUCACUGGGAAGAAAAAAUAUUUCGGCACCAAGCAUGAAGAUGCAGUAAAUUUCAGUCUGGAGGACCCUUUCAUAAGAGGAAUUGAUACUGUAAAACAAGGCAAAUCCCAGCUUUUCAAAACCAUAGGGGAUCGGAUUAUGAAUGAAGUUAGGGAUAUCAACAACGAGCAUCCUCUCCAUAAAAUUGUUGAGGACGUUCUUAGGAACGCUAUAAUUAAUACUGAGCAAUGGAAUUUCGAACAGUUUAUAGAGACUGAUGCAUGGAAACCUGAUGUAAAUAAUAUUAGCAUCCAACGUUUUAUAGGAAGAAUGAGAGGAAAAUAUGAUAGUAAAAUUCCGAUACCAGGUGAGCGCUUUAGUUAUGUAGUAACCCAUCCCGAUACUACCUUUGAUUUACAUGGUAGAAAGUUAAAACCAACUAAAGGCGAAAAAAUGGAAUUCGCCGAUGUAGCUAAGGAAUUGGGAAAGGAACUAGAUUUAUACCAUUAUUUCGAAAAAACUAUUAUUGGCCUCUGUGCCCGAUUUAUCAUGUAUGACAAGAAGUAUGAGCCAGAACCCUCAAGUCGAAUCAUGCGAAUCAAAGACCCGGAUGAGAAAUAUAAGCAAAUUGAUGACUACGCUCAAAACAAGGCCAAGUUAUGGCUUGAGGGAUUCGUAAAAGAAAAUAUCAUAGUCAAUGGUGUUACUUCCAAGAUGAUGGAAUCUCGUGGGAUUGCUUAUAAGCGUGCUUACAGAACUGCGGUCAAAAAGGCACAAGAAAUGUUAUAUCAUAAGAUAGGGAAACUUACAAAAGAUAAAAACCUCUCGGUGGAUGGCGAAAUGAAGGAAAAAAUAUGCUCUGAUUUUGCUCGAUAUCCUAGUGAGCUUGCAAAAUGUAUUGAAGGGUAUAAUUUAUUCUUUCACAAAUUGGUCUAUCAUAUGCGUUAUAAAGAGCAUAUAUCCAUACCAGAAAAAAUUGGCCCAGUCUCGUCUAUGCAAAAAAAUGAGAUAAUUACUGACUUACCAGCCUUACCUCACAUAUCAGAAAUUGAGGCGCUAGAUGACAUUACUAAUUUAUGGUAUUUCCAUCUUGAAGGUGUGGUCGAGCCGGAGGUGUUAAAGCAAAGCAUUUAA